GCCUCGCGCUUCCUGGCCCAAUCCCAAAGUCGUCUCUCCUUCACUCAAGCCGACCCAGAUGCCCGCUCCCGCAAUCCUCUCGAUCGCCGACGUCAACCUGCCUCGUCCUCUCGUUACGUCCAGCGCACCCCGAUGCCUACGCCUUAUCAGCCAUCGGCCUCAGCUUCAUAUCUAUCUCGCUUUCCAUUUGCUUCUCGCCCGCGACAUGACGACCACGUGCCGCUGUUCCAGGGCAUCGACCAGGAAGACGCAGAGACACAACACGAGCGCGAGAUGGCAGACUAUCUAGCUUUACAAAGGUCUCGCCGCAACUUCAUCCCCAGCCACCUCACCGAGUCGUCUGAGCUUGAAGAUCACACCCUCGAGUCUUCAGAAGUCGCUUCACGACCUAGUCUUUCGGCUUCGAAGCAAAAGUCUGCUAUGGUCGAUGUUGAACUUGGCUCUACCGAUAACGACGAUGGAUAUUCGGAUUUUGAUAGCAUCGACAGAGAGCUCGACGCUCGCCCACCUGCUUUCCAGACUUUCCAGCCUUCACUGCCUCCUCGACAAUCUACCUUUCUUCCGCAAGAAACAGAUCCAGAAGUAGCCUUUGCUCAUCCGAGGCCGCCUAGUCCGGACGGCGAUAGUGUCCCGCCGACAGUCAUCCUCCCAGCACCCGAGCCACCCCGCCAUGAUGUCUUCUGGUCUCAGCUGUACAAGAUCUGCGUCUUUGCCAUGUUUGCAACCUUCAUAUUGGUCUGGUUCCAUACUUCCUCGCCGAACUCCAAGAAGCCUCUGGGUGAUACUAUCUACUCUGCCCUGACGUCUUCCAUCAACCUUCUGCUCUGGGACACAGUAAUAACCGUGAUUGUUGCAAUGCUCUGGUUGGCCCUUCUUCGCGAGUACGUGCGAGUUUUGGUCUUCCUAAUGCUUGUUUCAGUUCCCGUCAUCCUGUUCUCCUUCUCACUGUAUCCGUUCAUCUCAAGUUAUAAAGGCGCUUGGCAUGGAAGCAGCGUCCAGGACAAGGUUAUGCGCUGGUUCUCCUUCAUCCCAUCGAUCAUCGCUUGUGUCUGGGUGUAUUCGGUUUACAAGGGUCGUCACUCGUUCGGCAAAGCAAUUGGCAUACUCGAAUUCGCAUGCCGUAUCGUAACAGCCUCUCCAAGUCUGACUUUGCUGGGAUUUGGCACGCUGGGCGUCGUGGUCUGCUUCACCUGGAUCUGGAUGGGCAUGUUCACAAGACUAUUCCUGGGUGGACAUAUGUCAAAGCUUCAGACCUUUAUCAUUGAUCUCAACACUUGGUGGUUGGGCUUCUUCUUUGUUAUGGUCUACCUUUGGACUCUGGGCAUAAUCGCUGGUGUGCAGAGGGCAACAACUGCUGCUACUGUCUCGCAGUGGUACUUCCACCGUCUAAGUGUUCCCGCGCCGUCGUCAACCACAGUCGUACGAGCCUCUUUCAUGCAUGCGACGGGACCAAUGCUCGGCACGAUUUGCCUAUCCACUUUCUUGUCGCUGCUGAUCCGGCUACCCCUGAUCAUCCUUCCUCGUCGCAUUGCUAGCAUUGUAACCCUUUGUGCCUUCUCCAUGGUCCCGACUUCGCUCGCUGCCCUUACCAAUCCCCUGACACUGACCUACGCUGCCAUUCACUCUCAGUCUCUGAGCAUCAGUGCUAGAGGCUUGUCGCAGCUACACUUUGUCUCCAACACCUCGCCUACAACUACACUCAACCCUUCCGUCUUCGCGGCACAUCCAGGCUCUGGCGGCACCAUGAUGCCGUACCGUCUAGCCAAGCUAUUGCUCCACGCGACUCGCUUCAUCAUGUCAUUCGCUCUUGGCUUUGGCGGAUGGGUGUCUACAGCACGAAACGUGCAGUUAGCUGGUGGUGGUUUCAAGGGCAGUCUCUACGCAUACAUCGUAGGCCUGAUUGCAGCCACGAUUGGCUGGGCAGUCCUUGGAGCUAUCGAAGGCGUUAUCGGUGGUGUGGUAGAUGCUAGCGUUGUCUGUUGGGCGAGCGAGACUGGUGGCAGAGGAGGAGCAGGCGAAGCGAGAUACUGCCGUGAAGCAGGCGAGCUUUUUGGAGAGGGAGAUUAUUAG